AUGUCGAAGAAGCAGUAUGUCGUGAGGUUGCAAAAGGAGUUGCAGCAGUUGCUCAAGGAGCCCGUGCCCCACGUCAAAGCUUUCCCAAACCCGGCCAACAUCUUGGAGUGGCACUACGUCAUCACUGGACCCGACGACACACCGUACCGAGGCGGAGUCUAUCACGGCAAGCUCAGGUUCCCUCCGGAGUACCCCAUGAAGCCGCCCUCCAUCAUGAUGCUCACGCCCAACGGGCGAUUCAAACCCAACACGCGGUUGUGCUUGUCCAUGUCGGACUUCCACCCCGAGACAUGGAAUCCGCUGUGGAGCGUGGGCAGCAUACUUACUGGCCUGCUCUCAUUUAUGUUGGAGGACAAGAUCACGUCGGGAAGCAUUGAAACGACGGACCUGCAGAAGCGCCAAUACGCACGAGAGUCGAUGGAGGCCAACAAGCGGGACCCCAUGUUCUGCAAGAUUUUUCCCGACCUCAUCAAGGAGUACGAGGCCAGACAGCAAGCGGCGGCGUCAGAGCCCGUGAGCACCGCUACGUCAACGUCGACGUCGACAGCGACGGGAGAGGGCGGCCAGCCAACUGGUGGCGCGGUCCAGCAGCAACAAGGACCCAAGAAGCCAACCAAGAACCAGAGGCGAAAGGCCAAGAAGAAGGCCCAGCAGCAGGAUCCCGCCAAGCAAGCCGAGGCCGAAGCCGAGGCCGAAGCUGAGGCCGAAGAGGGAGUGUGA